GAGCAGCUACUGGCAUCAGGAGUGUCGUCGUUUAUGUGGGUUUUCUCCUUCGUUAUUUAGUUGAACACAAAAAAAAGAAAAAAAAACAGAGUAAAACCAGAGGAGACGAUAUAUUUCUACACAGAUCAAGUUUCAAUCUUUCGAGAAUUCGAAGCAGGUGGUCGUAGGAGUUGGGUUUUGAGGUUUAUGGCAUCAAGUAUGAGUGAUACCAAGGAAAAUGCUGAUGAGGAUAUGGGACAAGAUAUUCUUGAUGCUUCAAACAAGGAAGACCAGCACAAUAAUGUAGAAACUGUGGAGAAUUGUGAUGCACCUUGCAACGUGCUGGUGGAGGGUGACUUUGUUCGGUCUGAAAGUGGGAAUGAGAAUCCAGCACCUGAGACUGAGAGUAAUGACAAUAUGCCUAUUGAUAAGAAUAUGGAACCGCAUUCCAUCAUAAAUCAGGAUUCUCUGGGUGCUGUUGCUGUUGAAAAUGAACAAGUCUUGCCCAAGCCCACUGACAAGAUCCCAAUUGAAGUUUCUGAUUUGAAAACAGACAUUGAUGGUCAACAGGACACCCCUGCUUCCACCAAUCAGAUUGAAACUGCUGAUUCUGCAAAAGUUGUCAACAUGGAAAGUUUAUCAAAGUCACCUGAAAAACUAACAACAGAUGCCAAAGCAGAAGCUGAUUCAGAAUUAACUCAAAGGACAAUUACUGGUGAUAUUGGCACCUUACCUAAAAAACAUGAUGAAGCUGAGGCUGAGCUAGUUACACCUCGUGCUGUAUCUUCUGAUAUAAAAGUUGAAAAGGAGAAGGUUGAAGAUUUGAAGAGUGGCUUUGAUAAACUCAACUUGCCUAUGCCUAUGGUUAAUGGGAACACCAAUUCAAAAAACUCAUUUCUCUGGGGCAAUACAUCUGAUGGCAGUGAAUCAGGAACAGAAGCAGAGCAAUCAGCAUUUAUGAAGGAGCUGGAGAAUUUCUUUAAGGAAAGAAGCAUGGAAUUUAAACCUCCUAAAUUUUAUGGAGAGGGAUUGAAUUGUCUUAAGUUGUGGAGAUCUGUUAUUAGACUGGGUGGAUAUGAUAAGGUCACUUCAUGUAAAUUGUGGCGGCAAGUGGGAGAGUCAUUCAAACCCCCAAAGACAUGUACUACUGUUUCAUGGACAUUUCGAGGUUUCUAUGAGAAGGCACUUCUUGAUUACGAAAGGCAUAAUGCAAAUGGUGGUGAGCUUGAUAUACCUGUUGCUUCUCCCUCACAGCCAGUGAAUGUAGAUAAUAAUCAGGGUUCAGGAAUGGGAAGAGCACGGAGGGAUGCAGCAACUCGGGCCAUGCAGGGUUGGCACUCGCGUCUUCUUGGCAAUGGUGAAGUUAGUGACCCUGUAAUUAAGGAUAAGAGUUCUGUUCCCAUGCAAAAGCGUGAGAAACAGCUUAAAAGCCUUGGUCUGCCCAAACGCAAGAAACCUUCUUAUGAGGAACAAGUUGUCAAAGCUGCCCGUAGCAAAGUUUCAAGACCACAAUUGGACACUGCCAUAGUUGAUAUUGGACCACCAGCUGAUUGGGUUAAGAUCAAUGUACAAAAAACUAAGGAUUGUUUCGAGGUCUAUGCUUUAGUACCUGGUCUUCUUCGUGAGGAGGUGCGAGUUCAAUCAGAUCCAGCUGGACGCCUGGUUAUAAGCGGUGAACCAGGGAAUGCCAAUAAUCCUUGGGGUGUCACACCAUUCAAAAAGGUUGUCAGCUUGCCCACAAGAAUUGACCCACAUCACACAUCAGCCGUGGUCACCCUUCAUGGACAGUUGUUUGUUCGAGUUCCUUUUGAGCAAUAGAAUUAGCAUAGAUGCCUAACCCAACCUGUUGCUUGGUGGCUGGGAUGUUGGUCAUGGAGCUCUGCAGUGUUAAAUUUGCUUGGCUCAUUGGUCUAAUCAAUCGGUUUUUAAGUAGCUUAACAAAUGACAAUGACUUAGUUUUAGCUUGUACAAUUCAAUGUCAAUUUAUUCUCCGUUUAUUUCAACAGAGAGUGAAAUGUAGUUCUAUCAUAUGCGAAACACACUUCACUUAACUAUUGAUAAAGGAAGCAACCCUAU